UGGCCAUGCUGUUUAUUAAGAAAACUUUGCCAUUCAUCUUCAAUCUCUAAUAAUCAAUAAAUAAUAAUAAUAAUAAAGUACCUAGAUUGUUUAGUGAUUUCGCUUCCUUGCAAAACUUAGUGCCGCAGAAUCAAAAUUAAUUAUUUUGAUUUUUUGUAAUUAAGGAUUGAAAUUGGAAUGGUACUAUCGAACAUGAGCCAUGUUCUGUCGUCCAUCAGCAACGAAGAAGUGUCUCCGGUGACGCUCAACGACCAUUGGUCCAGACUGGCCCGAUUAAUUCUUCUGGCAUCGAUGUCUGCUGUGGGCAGCGUCGGUAACGUCUUUAUGAUGAGUGCCGUCAUGAUCGAGGACUAUUUGAGAAAAAGAGGUAACACUUUUCUGGUAAACGUCGGCCUGGCCGAUCUUCUAGUGACCGGCCUAGUGAUACCGGCAUCGGCAAUAGUGAUUCUAGCAGGCCUCAAAGACAAUUUGGCCGUAUGCAAGUUCCAAUGGUUUAUAGCUGCCUGGUGCUUCCUAGUGACCGUACUAUCGCUGACCGCUAUCGCUUGGGAAAACUAUUUCAGGCUGUGUUAUUCUAUUGAUGUUUACCACAAGCUUACCAAAAGAAAAAUAACAUUCCUAUUGCUAAGCAUAUGGACCACCUGCGGAUGUAUAUCGGGGAUGCAAUUCUACGCCGAAUUAUCCUUCGAUUAUUGCACAAGAAACGACCUGGGACUGAUACCCUACCAAGCGACCGUAUGCGCAAUUUUCGUAUUUUUUCCAUUGUCGGUAACUCUAUUUUGUUACAUACGUACAGGAUAUCAAGUCAGAAAGUUCAAAUCGAGACCCAACCAUAAAGCGCCGAUCACUUUCAGUUGGGACUGCGCCCUUGCACAAACCAACAUGUACAGUUUCGUUACGUUUUUGUUGUUCUGGGUACCUUUCGGAGUCAUCCUGGCCAUAGACAACGUGAACAAAGUGUCUGGAAAAGUGUUCUAUAAUUUGGCAUGGUUGGCGAUCAGCAAGUCGUGCAUCAACAGCAUUCUGUACGGGAUGUUGAACAGGCAUUUUAGAGGGGCCUAUGUCAACUUGUUUCAGUAUUGUUGUUGCAAGACGACCGUAUCAUUUUCGCGAAGACAACGACCCGAAGGUCUAAGGCCUUCUGGUGACGUGAGAGUCCACAUAAUACCAGGUUACAAUAUGUAUUGCAGUCCUCAACGUGCCAACGAAAGCGGAGGAAGAAGCAAAAGGUUCACUGAAAGGUGUUCUUCGGCUCGAGCCAAUGGGAGAGAAGUCUAUGAAUUAUGAUGAGGCGAUAAUAUUGGAACGGCGUUGAGAUCUACCGCUGAUCAUGCUCGGAUUGUUUCUGAGCAACAUGGGGUAUGGAUCUAGUUGUGGAAAGUACCUUAACUAUAGUGGAAAAUAUUAAUUUGACGAGCUUUUGUUGUUGUAAAUUUGGCAAAAGGAAUUAUCACCUAUGUAUCAGUUUCCCUAUAAGCAUAACUUUGUUUCAAUUUAGAAAGCUAUUAAAAACAUACUUGAGGGAUGAAGAUACAUUCAAGAUUCUUUAGAUUUUUGGUUUUUUCAACAAGAAUUGGAGGAAAACAAACAAUGUCAAAUAAAGUCGAAUCUUGUAUAAAAUAAAAAAAAAGCUUGAUUCCUCAUGAUUGAUAGGAUUAAAAGAUGCACUUUAAUCUCUCUUUUGCAAUGACAAAAUAUCAAUCCAUUUUAUAUUUUACAAGGCAUGUAAUUUAUUUUGCAAAGAAAACAGGAAGUUUACUGAUUGAUGGAUAUUUAACCUUGAGGGAAAGCAACAAGUAGAUUAUAUUAGUGUCUAGGUAGAUUGCAGGAUGUAGGUUCUGUCCAGUUUCUCAUUUAAAUUCUAGUUUUUACUGAAACAAUUUGAAAAGUUUGGAGGCUUGUUAAUGGUAUCACUUACCUGUUCGUUAUAUUUGCAUCUUGAAUGUACAUCACCUACAUCCUUCGUCACAUUAAUAAAAGCAGCUAUACAUUUUCAUAAAAACUAAUGCGGGGUACAUUCCUUCCAUGAUAUAUUCAGGGUCGGAUCAAGGUCUUUUGGGGCCCGAGGCUAUUUUCACAAAAGGGGCCCCUAGGUCCCUGAAAUAAAUUCAAACGUCACUCAAAACUUUACCACCUUGCAAGUUAAAACAAUGUAAUAUGCAUGAUUUCUUCCCCGUGUGAGGUGAUGUUUUGAAGCCCCUCUUAUUUCGGGGCCCGGGGCUUUGGCCCCCCCUUAAUCCGGCCGUGGAUAUAUUGCUGCUUUUUUGAAAUUUUUUUUCUAGAAAUAAGCAAUAAGUAUAGGUACUGUUCAAAUAAUUUUGUAAAUAUUUUGAAAAAUCAAGGCUGUCGAUAACAAAAAUAUUUUUUAAACAUAUAUUUAAUUAAUUUCCAAAAUAAAAUAUAAGCCUUUCGGUAAGCUUUAAAAUAAUAAUUUUGUGUGAAGACGUAUUUAAUCUGAACAAUGUAAAGACUGACUAUGUUUGUUACAUCAAGUAGUCUAUUUGCAUGAAAUUUAAUAUUAAGUUUUGGCGCACAAAGCAAUAAGAGCAUAUGCAUAUUUUCAAUUUAGCAAAAAAAAAUACGGUGGCAAACUGUCCGUCCCAAUUGAAAACAAAAUAAAAAUACUGUCCGUGGAAAAAAAAUUAGAAUUUAGUUCUCCAUUAUUAUGCUUGAAAUAAUGUUUCAAUACUCUAUCAAUAAUUAUGAUUGGUUACUAUCUAAAGGCAAAGUCCUACUCUGAAGUCGGAGAUAUAAAUGCCGCGCGGUAUGAAUAUACUAUAACAUAGUCUUCGGGAAUUGGGAUGCUGUUAUAUUUUUUUUUCUACGAGCGUGCGGGAAAUGGCUCUUUCCGCACGAUUUGCUGUGCGGGAAGACUUUCUUUCCGCACCAGUGUGGGAAGAAAUUUCUUCCCGCACUCAGUGCCGGAAGAGUUUGAAAUAAUCAUUGUGGAAUUGUUUGUAUUGUUGAUACACCUAUACCUUUAUCUUUAAUACCUUUACCUUUUUUUUACUACUACCUUUCAAUGCAUUUUUAAUUCUACCUUCUGCACAAUCGCAUUUUAUUCAAAUUAAACUUCUCGUAACAUCAGUUUUAGUAUGCUCGUGCUCGUAUAUAGUUCCUAACUCUUGCAGGAAGAAAUUUUCCGCACUCGAUAGGAAAAUAGCUAUUAAUAAUGCAUUGAGAGAUGGGAGAGUCUUCGUUCUUGAGGAGUUAUUUCGAAACAUUUCUCUUGUUCUUAGAUUUUUGUGGAAAUCUCUAUUGUCACGGCUCUGAAGUACGUGACCGAAAUCUUGGGUCUGUUCCGUUUAUUCCAAAAUCAAAGUCCAAUUAACACAGCAAUAAUUUAUUCCAUGUAACUAUACACUCUUACACUAAUUACUUUAAUAACUAACUCAACAACUAAAAUCUUCACAGCUCUCAACAAUAAUCACUAUUUAAAUCGUAUCACAGUCAAACUUAAACAUAAAACUUCUAAAUACCAGCUUGCUUUAUAUAGCCGUAAAUCCAUUCAUGUACAAUCUAGAAUACACGCGAUAACUCUCCUUUUCUCGAUUAAGUAGAAUUUACUAGAUUAUAGGCAUCUGUAAUUUCUAGGGUAUUCGACAGCCUAGGAUUCUUCACACACUCAGUUACGUGAUAUCGUCCAAUUGACUCGUUUGGCUUAGUAGGAUUUGCAAGUUCAUAACUGACUGGUGGAUGUAGUUGCAAUAUGACGUAGGGUCUAUCUCGUUUCCGAAAAAACUUAGAAGUACCUAACUGCUUUGCUUGCUUGCAUUACUUAAGCAUUAGUUUUCAGUAGGACGUAGUCAUCUAUUUUCAGAAGCGGAUUAAGACACUGGUGGACCCGGUGCCAAUUUAUUUUUUGGGGCCCCUAUUUUUUUAGAUAAUGAAAGGAAUGAAAAAAAAAAAACAUCAUCAGUCAUUACCUACCUACUAACACCAACAUUCAAUAAAACAUAAUACAUAAAUUUGGCUUGCUUUCGCGGGGAUUCAGGCACGAAUCCCCUAACCUAGAACUAUUGAUGAUUAUGGCGAUUAUAUGCUAUCAAAGGAAGGUGCGUCUUUCUCAUACCUAUUAUACUGACGUAGAAAUAUCGCGGGUUGUUUCGAGCUGGUGAAGCAAACAAUAUGAGACUUUCAUCUCAUAUUAUUAUCGCCAUCUUUGUCUAGGAAGCAUGCGUUAAUAUAAAAUUAUUUCAUCAAUAAGCAUCAAUUUUAGGCAGCUGAAAUUGCAGGCUUGCCUGUCAAAACAUUUAAUAAAGAAACCACCAGAAAAACAAAGCAAGUCAAAAUGAUGCAUAAUAUCCUCAACUUGACGUGGCAGCACCGCACAAGAGGUAUGUUACAAAAUGCCAACCGCCGGCCAAUAAGAAUCUAGCAUUUAACGCAUGCGCAGUUCAUGACCUCGUUCUACUUUGUUUGACAAAGAUAGAUAUGCGAGAUCAUAUACUUCUAUUUCCCUUCCUUUGUUUCAAAAUCCGCACAUUGCACAUUAAGUAAAUAGGAAAGGCGCGAUAUACGUCAGUAUAAUAGGUAUGUAUAUGGUCUUUCCCUCACUUUCCUGUAUUUAAUAUUACAGUCCAUUUUAAGGUUUGCGAUAAGUAUUCCUUAAAGUGAAAUUUCUCCAUGUAAAAAUGUAAUUUUAAGGGCCUGUUUCAUAGGCAUGAUAGGUAACCCACAAUAUAUCUGGUUUCAUAAUGUGUCGUUGAGUCGUUGAGCCAAAACCAUUGAUCAAAGUUCAGGUUAUUUAACAAUUAGGCCCAAUUCUACAAUUGGUGGUAGCCACAAGUUUGCAAAAUAAGUCUUGAGUUAAAUAUUCUGUAGCGUGUAGGGUUGCCAACCCUCCCGAUUUAGGCGAUUUAGGAGAGUUUGGGCAUCUAAUCUGAAUUGAAGGUAUUGUAUUGUGACGCUGACUGUACAAUCUACAGUCAGAUUGUAAGGGGGGUUUGAGCUACAAGAAUUAUCUGCCAAGUUCCACUUUAUUUAAACCAGGUUCGAUUUACACGGUCCAAGUAUACUUGUAGUUUUGGAAGCUGCGCACGCCUCACUUGGACGAUACUUGAAUCGUAUCAACUUACUUGGUCCAGCCAAAAUAUUGACCUCUGGUUUCCAUAUAGCAGUUUUUCUCACAAAAAGUCAAUCUGUCAGCCCGUGAAAACCGGAGGGCGAUAUUUGGUCUGAUUUCAAAAAUAUUGAGCUUGAAAGUUAGGUGAAAAAGUUUCCUUGCUCGAAAGCAAUUGUCCAGAAGUUUAUUAUCGGUAAGACAGGCAACAACGUCGAUACAAUUUUUGAAUUCAUCAGAUUUUGUUCAAAUUGCACCACUGGUUUCAGUGAUAAUGGACCGUCCCGCUACUUUUCCUACAAUCUGUAUAGUAUACAAUAAUAAAAUGUGACAAAAUAAGGGUGUGGGACCUCAAAAAAAAUUAUUUUUCACUCCCGCUACCUGCCGCUUUACAAUUUUGAAAAUCUGGCAACCCUAGUAUCGUGACUAAUGAUAUUGGUUUGGCUAACCUUGGUUUCUACCUGAGGUUUCCACCAACUAUUUUAGGGGAGCCUUAACGAUAAGUAUUCCUUGAACUGACAUUUCUCCAUGUAAAAAUGUAAUUUUAGGGAAUACUUAUCGUUAGGGCUCCCCUAAAAUAGUUGGUGGAAACGGCCAUAAACCACAUAUUAUUAUGAAACAGGAUAUACCUAUUGUGCAUUACCAGUGUGUUAUAGUUACCGUUGGGUUACCGUGUUUGAGAAACUGGCCCUUAGUUUGAUAACCAGUGCAGGUUACCACCAAUUGUGAAACUGGGCUUCAGGAAUACUUAUCGCUAAGGCUUCCUUGAAAUGAUCGGUGCAAACAUGGUGCAAACGGCCAUUAAAUGAACAUCUAUCAUAAAAAAAAUUUAAACAAUAAUGUAUCUAAUGAUAAUAAUCAGGUAUGUACAUCAAAUACGUUGUAUUCAAUUUGUUAUCAUGGAUGUCCAUUUGAAUCCUAUAAUAUAUUCAUAUAUAAAAUUAGCAAGAGGUAAGGCCCAAAAUGUCGGCGUUUUCCAUAUGAAUAUAUCGGAUUUCAGAGUGUAACUAUUGGUUCACUGAGCCAUGGUCAAUAUGGCAACAUAGUUAUUCUCAAUGAUAGUUAUAGACAAUGGUUAUAGGCUGAUGGUUUAUAAUCUUGUCAAGCCAGCUUUUGGGGGAAUUUUGGAAAUGUUUGUUGAACAGUCAAGUUCAAAUUUUUUUGUCUAAUCUUCGAUCUCGCGAGGGCCCCUUGGAACGUUAGGCCCGGUUCUAUAGAACCGGUAGAACCCCCCUUAAUCCAGGCUUGCCUAUUUUAUAUGAUGGAUUGGGUUCGAUUUUUAUCAAUUAUUUCUUUUUGACGGUCUUGCUCUGUUUCCAUUUUAUUUUUGGCUUUCUCUAAAUGAUUGCUUAGACCAAGCAAAUAAGGAGUUAUGGUAGGGACAAAAUUCUCCUACUGUAUAAUUGCUCAUAAGUCGUAGGAAACAUCGUUGGCUGUUCUGAGUUGUCUUCCAGAGGUUGGGAAUGCUACUGUCUGUCCUGUAUUCUGACAAACAGCUGUAUUCAUUGCGAAUCGAAUAGCGGCUAAAUAUUGGUCCCAUGUGGUAUGGUCGUCAUUCACUAAAAUUGCAAGCGGAGGUUAAAGGUCCCUAUUCUUUCGUUCUACGGGUUUUGACGAAGGGUGGUAAAAUGAGGUUAAUCUUUGGUCGAUUCCUAAUACAGUACACACAUGUUGCAGCACCUCGCUGACAAAUUGAACAACAUUAUCACUGGUCAGUUAUAAAAGGUAAGUUCUCAUCAGCUUGCUUAAGGACUGUAGCGGUGGUUAAGGCCUGCUUCAAAGUCCGAAAUGAUUUUUUCUUUCUAAUUCCAAAUCCAUUGUGCCUUUUUUCGAGAAACUUGGCAGAUCAGAAAUUGCUUAAAUCUUCUCGAGGUUUACAACAAUACCUUCAGAAGUCAAUACAUGACCAAGAUAUUUAAUGUAAGUGCAAAGGUACAUUCCUCUCUGUUAGCUCGUAGGUUGAAUUUUUGAAAUCGGUUUCUGAUAACACUAGCAGAUCAUCCAAAUAUGCAAAAUAUUAUGACAUCAAGACCACUCUUAAAUUUAUCUAUUAGCCUCUGGAAUACAGACGGAGCGUUUUUAAGACCGAACGGCAUUCUUUUAAACCUGAAUAGAACAAUAGGGGUAACAAAUGCCGUUUCAUCCCGAUCCUUCUCCUCUACUGAUAUUUGCCAAAAUUCGGACUGUAAGUCUAUUGUGGACAUGUAUUUCGUCUGUUUUGUUCCUUGUAAAAGGUCAUCUAUUCGGGGCAUUGGAUAUACUUGUCGCUAAUUGUAAUGCUAUUGAGCUUUUGGUAUUCGAUGCACACUCUGAUUUUACCAUUGGGUUUUGGCACCAUGACAACAGGGGCAGCCCAUGGGCUCUCACAUUCUUCAAUUAUGUCGUAAGAAAGCAUUUUAUCAAUUUCUACCUUUAAUAUUUCUCGUUUGGUUUUGUUAAGUUAAUAGGGUGGUAAAGAAAUUGGAAUAACAUUAGGCUGGGUUCUAAUGUGCAAGUCAUUGAUGGCCGGUGAAGUUGUUUCACUGGAUGUAACAUCAACAAUCUCCGGAAAAGUAUAUUUAUUUUGGGAAUUCGCUCCAAAUUGCCAAGAUCGGUUUAAUAGGUCCAGCACAAUCUCAGAAUUUCUUAUAAAGUCGGCACCAAGUAGGGUGUAUUCAGCAUUAGGCAGAGCUAGGAAGUUUUUCAACACUGUCUGGUCCUCUAUGUUCACAUCUGUAGAAAAAGUAGGUAGGUACCUUACGAGUGGAUACGCUUCCAUCUGCUAAUGUAAUUGUAAUAGUCCCCAGUACAUCGACCCUAAAAUGUUGUAACUCAUGUACACGCCAAACUUCCUGAGCGGCUUCAUAACACCAAGUCGGACAAUUUUGUUCAUAUCUUCAACCUGGGCGAUGGGACAUUGUCGUGUUAGCUCUUCGUGAAGUUGUCAUUCUGACGUCCCUGAGAAUGGUGAUACAUGUACAUGUAAUUUUAAUUCCAUUCGACUGUUUUUUAUGUUAUAUUAACGAUACCACAUUUGUCUGACAAAAAUCUCGUGGCAUUGGAGGGGUCCAACGACCUUAACAUGUUGCUGUUGGGGGUGUCCGACCCCCACAAUGCCACGAGAUUUUUGUCCGACAAAUUUGAUAUCGUUAAUAUAACAUAGAAACAGUCGAUUAGAAUUAAAAUUACAUAUACAUGUAUCGCCGUUCUCAGGGACGUCAGAAUGACAACUUCCCGAAGAGCUAGUGCGACAAUGUCCCAUCGCACGAGUUGGAGAUAUGAACAAAAUUGUCUGACUUGGUGCUAUGAAGCCGCUCAGGAAAUUUGGCGUGUACCUACAUGAGUUACAAAAUUUUGGGGUCGAUGUACUGGGGACUAUAACUGUUUCAUAUUUUAUUUCUGAUGAUUUCUCAACAUGGGUUUUAUAAAUCUCGAAAAGUCGUUUUUCUGCAAUGUUCCUUGAGGCUUCUGUGUCUGCAUAGGCUUGGCAUAGGCGAGCCCACUUUCACCAAAAAUUGUUAUUGGAAGAACAGGUCUUGACGGCUUGGAAGAAUCACUUAAGACAUCGAUUCCAAAUAGUGUGGCUGGUUUUUGCUGGCUUUGAUUAUUUGAAGUACUUCUUUGGUUAUGUUUUUUACAUUUUGGGCAAUUUGUCCUAAUAACUCUUGGUGUUCCACAACCAUAGCAUGUAUAGUAGUAACUUUUUCUCUCUUAUCUUGGCCUCUUUAUUCGUUUUUCUCCCUAGGAAGUUCAUCUCUUUGUUUGGUUCUGCAUUCUUCAACCUGGUGUUCUAAACGUUGACAAUAAGCACAUUUUGGCCUUACACGAUUUUUAUUGUCACUUGACCUUUGUGUAUUUUGCCUUGAAUUCAUAUUUGUGGUUUGGAUUUCUUCAAACAUAAUUUCAAUGGAUCGGCUUCGCACUAAUAGGUCCAUGAACGUAUUUAAGUCAUUUCUAGGAAUUUUAUCUCUUAUGCGCCUAUCUAAUAAGCCGUACCUAUACCAGGUUUAGGCAGACUAUUUCAUCUAGUGUAUAAGGCAACUUGAACAAAAUAGCUCUGGCAUUGCAAAUAAACAGUUCCAUCUCGAGUCCAUUUUGUGUUUGUGAAAACAACUAUUGAAAUAACUUAUAGGCUGGCUCCUUUCUGCCAAAAACAUCUCUAAGCAACUGAAUGGCUUCAUCCCAACAUUUGAUUGUAUGUUUUAUGCCUUGAUAGCAAGUAGCAGCUAAACCAAUCAAUAACAUGGGCAAUCCUUUGAGUACAUUUCCAUCUGAAACGUUAGCACAGCCUUUAUAAGUUUCCACUGCAUCCAUGAAGGCUUCAACAGAAGUUGAAGGCGAAGCAUCGAAGCGGCUUGUGCAUUUAGUGAAAUUGCCUUGUUUCUGAAACCGAGCACUGGCUCUGACUGAGUAGCAGGUACAUUGGAUUGAGCUGAGGUGAGCACAGUAUUGAUUAAUUGCUCAAAUUGUUCAUUACUUAAAGUGACAGUGUUUGAACUUAUUUCUGUGCAAGCUUUUGAGUCUGCAGUCGAUUCACCAGUUACUAUUUUCUUAGGAGGCAUGAUUUAAGUUUUAGUUAGUCUAGUAAAUAGGUAAAUAAUGCCCGUAUGCUUCCGGGACAGCUGGCACCGUCAAGAAAUUUUGGUUUCUUAGCUAAGAACCUGAUAAAAUUUACAACAUUGCAAUUUCUUGGUUACUUUUGAUUUUUUGUCAAUUUUUACAGUUCGAGUUUGACAGUUUUAGUUGGUUCGUUGGUUGAAAAUUUAAAAAUUAUUCACUUUCCGCGUAUUUUUUAAUGUAUGUAUUUGUUAUUUCGUGUUUAUAGACCUAUAAAAUAUUCUAGGCCUCUCUUUGUUUUAUGUUUCUCGAGGUGUUUUUUGGAGGCAAGGGUUGUUUCAAAUAUGAAUGAUAGAAAACAGUCUGAAUUUAAUUUUUCACAAAACGAAAAGCAACUGUUCAUUUCCAUUAUAAGCAAAUUUGCUAAUAUAAUUGAAAAUGAGAAGACAAUACUUGCGAGACGGUGGGUUUUCUCACCUUGAAUCGCCGAAAAAAAGACAAACCAUCCAUUGACUGGAAAUAAUUUUCUACAUUGAAAGUUAAAACUAAAAAUUCUUGGAAACCCAUAAUCGAAAAUGUCCGAAGUAUCAAAAUCGUCUUCAACUAGCAUGUCGAACUCCAUUUUUUUGUAUAGCGAAGGAUGAAAAAUCUUGUUCAAUAGUUUAGUCCAGGAGGUGGCGUCAAAAACAUGCAAGAGUUUUCGCAAGGCGGAUAUUUUCAAAAUAGGUCGUACUUUAGUGCUAGAAUGCUAGUGUACAGUCAGCACUCACAGUUCCGGGACAGCUGGCUCUGGGACGCGGGCAAAGUUGUAAUUUUAAGAAGCAUCUAAACUGUUUUCUCAAAGCUCAAAAUUUAUAGAAAUUUUGCACAUUAUCUGUUUGAAGGUCACAGAUAGCAUAUAUAAAUCCUCAGACGUCUAGUUCGUUGCAAAAAGGGGGUCAGACGUCCUCAAAGUUUUUAUUUUAUGGCAUUUUCUUCAAAUAUAUUUGUCAAAUACCUGCAAAAAUAUAUUUUGACAGGAAACCAUAGACAAUAAAAAAUAAAAAGACCUUCAAAAGUAUAGCCGAAAUAGGUUAUACUAUUACUGCGCAUCCGGUUGCGCAUAGCGCAUUGCGGAAUUUUUGGAAAGCUAGAGACUUACGAAAGAUCAUUCCGAUCAUUCGAUUCUGUUUCAUCUUUCUCUGUCAUACCAAUUCACAAGACAAGGACACAGUAUGAGUUACAGAGCUUUCCUAGCUGUUUUGUAGAAACCUAUCAAAUCCAUAACUGUAGAAACUGUGACCGAGAAAACAAAUAAGUACCCUAACCUUAAAAUAACGACAUUUCCGUGUUGAAAUUUGUCAUGUGUUUGUCAUUUUUAACCGAUUGGGCGGUCGUCUAAGAAGACUCGAACUCACAAAAUCUAAAGAGCAAAAAGAAGAAAUUGUCAUUUUUAUUAAGGCACUCGGUAUCGCGGACCUAUAAUAUUAUGUACAACUAGGAUAAACUGAACCAGUAAGUAUACAUGUUAGUUUUGUGAUAUACGGCAUAUUUUUUUUACUGUUUUAGGAGACCUCAGUCAGAAGAGAUAAAAUGUAGAUGUUAGGCCAAAGAAUGUUAGGCCUUGGACAGCUUAGCUUGUACAUACAUUAAAGCAUGUAUAAGGGAUGUAAUAACUGUGUUUGUAAACUCUUUAGGUAUUUGACCUAUCUAGCUAUAAUAUAAGUAUAUUUUUUCUAGUAGAUACAAUUUAGUGUUUAUUUUGCCUUUUUUUAAAAUCUACAUCAAAAAAUGGUACAAAACUUUAUGGAGUACCACAUCAUUUUUCUCAUUCGGAUUUGAGAAAAAAAGAUGUGGAACAACAUAAGUAAGUUUUUUGUGCAAUCAACUCAAGUCAAAUUUCAAAAUUCCCGCCAUUUCAGUAUUUGUUCCGGCUGCCACUAUUGACGCCACCGUCGCUGUGACGUCAGCGCUAUACAAACUUUCAUGUUAUCAAUCAGGUACUCUUACCUUGGUUUAUUAUAUUUCUCUAUGCAGGAAACCGAAGAAAAUGCCAUAAAAUAAAAACUUUGAGGACGUCUGACCCCCUUUUUGCUACGAACUAGACGUCUGACGAUUUACAUACGUUAUCUGUGACCUUCAAACAGAUAAUGUGCAAAAUUUCUAUAAAUUUUGAGCUUUGAGAAAACAGUUUAGAUGCUUCUUAAAAUUACAACUUUGCCCGCGUCCCAGAGCCAGCUGUCCCGGAACUGUACACUAGCAUUCUAGCACUUAAUUACGACCUAUUUUGAAAAUAUCCACCUUGCGAAAACUCUUGCAUGUUUUUGACGCCAGCUCCCCAACUAGUUGUUAUGUUACACGACACUCGUCAAACUUGUGUCAAACUCGUAAACAAACAACGUCAACAAACCUAACCGGUCCUAACCUAACCUCACAAUCACAAUAAAGACAGAUUUUUAUUACUUAAGUCGACGAUUUCGAUGACUGAACUUUGAGAAGAACUUAACAAGAUUUGAUUGGCGGUGCAUACGAAAUUUAAAACUUAAGUUGAAAGGGAAACUAAGAAUAGAACAAAGUGAACGGUGCAUACGGGCAUGUGUCUAUAAAUCUGCACUAUUUAGGUACGAAGACUUUAAAUUCGGAGUUCAAUAAAUAGCAAACCUCGCACUAUUGAUGAAAAUUCUUAUGAAAGUUUUUUUUUUUUUUUAAUCAAAGUUCAAUAAAUAGGAAUAACCGCACUAUUCAUAAACGUAUUAAAGUUCAGAUUUCAAUAAAUAGGAAAAACAGCAUUAUUUAUGAAAGUCUUAAAGUUCAGAUAUCAAUGAAUAGGAAAAACAGCACUAUUCAUGAAAUAAACGAGCAAGAUACUUACAUACAAAAACAAAACAAAAAUUGCAAUGUUUGUGGGAACUUUCCAGAGUCACUUCACCAGUUUAUGACACUUUUCUGGUCCCUCGUUUGGGCGCCAAUAUUACAAAUCACUGUUAACACAAAUUUCGUUUGAUAUGACUACUUUAUUUCGCAGAAAACUUUAUCAUUUUUAAAUUAUUUUGAUUGAUCGAUUGACAACAUAGAAUAAGAUUGAUUAUACAACUCACUGUACAUUAUUCCCAUAUGACACGAGAGGCUUAACAAGUGAUAAGCCUUGUAGGAUUAUCGCGCUUGGGGGCAUUUAUGGCAAAUUCUAUUAUAGACAUUUUUUAAAAUUUUGAAGUAUUGAAGUUUAGUUCGUUGUAUAACCUUUUGAAUAGCACUCGAUGUUUCCGGAUUACCUAAUACUUUUACCUGACACUCAACGCGUUACCAGCAACACCACUCCUCCUUCGGAGUCGUGGUGUUGCUGCGUAACGCGUUUCGUGACAGGUAAAAGUAUUAUCCGGUAAUCCUGAAACCUCUUGUGGUAUUACAUUCGAUAAUCCCGUUGACAAAAAAUUCUACCAGUUUGCAUGAGGCGAUAGGUAAUAGGUAAUAGAGCUAAUAUGGAGAUAUAAUAAAUAUGGGUUUGGGUUUGUUACAACCCCUAUUUUCCUGUAUAAUAUAAAGUAGAUUUAAUCGUCUUAAAGACAGCUUGGGCCUUAUAUAUCCGAUUUCUGUAUAGCUAGCCAAUCAUCAACUUCGAAAAAAAAUAUAAAACUGACAAUAUCAGAUAUCAAAAAAAUAUAUAAUUUGUACCAACUAUACCAUAUUAUGUAUUUAUUCUACACUAUCCUGAUUAUGUAUUAAAUAACAUAAUAAAUAUGUAUACAUUUUGGUAGAAUACGUUGAAUUAUAUGAUACACAAAUAGAUAUGAUAUUGUAUUAUGCAAAGCAAAUUGAACAAAAAAAUAAUAAUAUUUUUAUUAAAUUAAUGUUUUCUAUAUCGUUAUACUCUGUAAUUAUGAUAACUAUUAUAAUUUUUGUAUUUUAUAUCUAAAUUUAUAUAAAUGUAUUGUAUAAUAUCGAUGUACUAAAAAUAUCAAUGUAUCUGUGUUAAAUGUAAACUACAACAAUAUAUGUAUAAUUAAAUAGAUACCUACCUAUCUAAUAAUAUAAUUGAUAAUUUAUUAUAAUUAUUGGUAUUCCUAAAGAGGGUUAAAAUAACGUAAACUUAUUCAAUAUAUUAGGAAUAUGAUACCCAAUAUGGCCCGUGUAUACCUAAUCUACUUUAUUUUAUUUUUAAAACACUUAUUAGGAUAUAAAAUACCUACUUAUAUACUCGAUGAUCGAUGAUCUAUUAUAAGCGCUUUUUCCUAUUAAGUACUUUUUCUUAUUGAAAUUUCAUUUGCCUAGUUGAAAUUAAACAAUAAAUUAUUAUUACUACUAAGUGUUGCCUUUUCCCAAACUGUGAUGUCAUUAUUAACGAAAAACAAAAAUAAACAUUUAAAUGUGAUACGGACCAUGCACAUAUGGCUAUAAGAUGGUCCAAAAUUUAUUUAAAACUGUAAAUAUUCGCAUUAAUUAUUGUGAUUUGAUUUAUUUUUGAAACUUAUGCAGCUCUAUUAGCCAAAAUGUGUAUGCACCAAAGUGUAUUUAUCUCUGUGUUGUGUAACUAUAUUCUAUUAUCGAUAAAUAAAGUAAUAAGUGUUGUGAUAUAAAUAUAUAAUAAGUAUAAGUGCCAGUGGCGGCUCGUAUAUUAAAAAUGUGGGGGUUGCAAUUUCAAUUGUACAAUCAUGCAUGUUUUUCGUGAAGGUCCAGAAUAAAUGUCCUGGUGAAAGUCCUUUUUUUGCUAGUUACAGUUUGUUCAAUUUUUAAAUUUGGAGUAGGCCUUCCAAGUCUUUUUAUUUCAGCCUUAUCGGUUGAUGAACGACCACAGAAUGUCUCGGCAAUUAAAUUUUGAACAGAAUUCAUUUUUUUUUUCACCCCCCACACGACAAAAUUUCACAAAACAAACCUAAUCUGCGCUGCGAGCAAAAAAAAUAAACAAAGUUUGCACUUAGCUUGCAACCUGCUGGAGCUUAUGGAGCGGAUUUCGAAUCCACGCAAAGACAGGCCACCAAAUGUGCGCCGUCAUAUAAUAGAUCGGUUUGCUUUGGAGCUGCAAUCCCGCGACUCGAAGUCGCCGGCCGGCGGGCUGUCAGUUAUUGAUAUUUUGGCGAAGUUGGUCAAAUUAUUUUAUUAAUCGACUGCGUAUUAUGUAGGUCCCAAAUUUUGGUAUAAUUUAUUUUUUAAAUAUAAUUAGGUACUAAAAUUUACUUAGUUCUAGUAUUUUUGUUUUAUAUUUUUCAAGUUUUGUUUUGGGGGUUGCGCAAACCUGCAAACCUAAGGAAGAGCCGCCACUGAUAAGUGCACAUUUAGUUUCUGUAAAUUAUUAUUUAAUUUUUCUUAUUUAUCUACUAGGGGUAGAUAUUAUUUUCUAAAAGAUGCAUUUAUGUAGGUAUGUAUUUCUUUUAUGUUUAAAUAAAAAUAAUAUACUUAUGCUGUAUAAGGCUGUUUUAUUUAUCAACUGUCAAAAUAAGUUCACCAAUCUAUAAUCCUGUUGGUCGGCAGAAUAGGUACUGGCCGACCAAUAGGAUCAUAGAUUGCAUUAACUAAUAGUUUAUCAGCAGGUGAAUGAACCGAGCCUCACAAAAAUAAAGUAGUUCAACAAAAUAAAGACACAUAA